AUGGAGUUUUAUUUGGAGAUUGACCCUGUUACCUUGAAUCUCAUCAUUCUGGUAGCUAGCUACGUGAUUUUGCUCCUGGUUUUCCUGAUCUCCUGUGUGCUCUACGACUGCAGGGGAAAGGAUCCCAGCAAGGAGUAUGCUCCCGAGGUCCCGGCCAGCAGCCAGCCCCCCAUCCGGCUGGUGGUGAUGCAGCAGGGCACCCCGGGCACCCGCUGGGCAAAGGGGCUCGUCUCUGCCUACGAAACCUCCCCCGACCUGCAGGGGAAAAGGACUACUGUGGUGUGAGGGCCUCGUGCUCUGCCGAC